AUGUCCAGCCAAAUUGCAGCCUUGGAAGAGGAUCGCAAACAGUAUCAAGAGCAGCUUGAUGUUGUUCUUGCCGGCCUCAAAGAUGAUUCCGAAAAUGCCGAACUCAAGAAUCUUCAGGCGGAGUUGAAUGACAUGAUUUCCCUCCUAAACGAGUCUCUUGCUGAGCUGCAGCCGAAGCAGGCGUCCAAGCCCAUACUCCAGAAGGCCCCCAGUCCGCCAGAGCCCGAGAAGUGGUCUAAAGAGAACCACCCAGCUUUCAAGAAGGCCGCUCCCACCCCCGAGGAGAAGGAUGAACCGCCCGUGACGUACCAGGUCAACGACACCGUCAUGGCGAAAUGGGCCUCGGGCGACAGAGGCUUCUACCCUGCCCGAAUUACAUCCAUCACCGGCUCUUCAACAGCCCCCAUUUAUAUUGUCAAGUUCAAGAGCUACGAUAACACGGAAACGCUGCGGGCCAAGGACAUCCGCCCAAUGUCCAACAAGCGCAAAGCUGACGGAGCACCAGCACCCGUAUCUAGCACUUCGCAGCAGACCGCGCGUCCGACACCACCGGGCCCGUCGAAUGGUGUUGUUACAUCCGCUGCAGCUAGUCUGUAUCCAGAGCAACAAGCCAAGAUUGACGCAGAGAAAAAUGCUGCCGAUGGUGCCUCAAAGCCACCCAAAGCCAAAAAGAUCAAAGCCACAAAAGAAUUGGAAAAGGGCAAAUCCAAGUGGCAAGAAUUCAACUCAAAAUCCAAAUUCGGAAAACACAAGAAGGACAGCAUGUUCCGCACACCCGAUGGCGUCGGCGGCCGAGUCGGUUUCACGGGCUCUGGCCAAGCUAUGCGGAAAGACACUGCCCGCAGUCGACACGUAUAUCAGCAGAAUGAUGAGCUCGACUAA